AUGCUGUCGCGAUUCCCUUACAGCUUCCGGCAAUGGAGGCACCGACUGGAGGAGAUGCCUGGCAGUUGGCGACAGGCACUUCUAAGGCAGGGCAAAAAAGAUAACGAUCGGGAAGCUGAAGAGGGAUCAAAGUACACAAAGAUACCACUGUGUCGUCGCGGUACUUUCGAACCCGAGUCUCUGCCCCAAUUCCUAAGGAUGCAAACUCGUUACGACACCUUCGUCCAAGCAAAGCCAUUGAUUAUGUGUAGUAACAACGUUAUUCCAGAAGUCGGCAGCACCAGCCAAUGUUUGGCGAAUUGCCAGUUUUCUAGAGCGUACGAAACCCGCAACCAGAACAGCGAAUAUCCACCACAAUAG